GUGACAGUAGCUUUCUCUAUCUUUGUCUGCUCAGCGCUCAUCAUAUAAGAAUUGUUUCUGUCUGUUGUGUUUAAUGUUCAAAGCAGCGAACCUAAAAAUCAUUUGCCAGUUUAUAACGCGUAUAUUGUUUAAAAAUCUCCAAAUAAUUUAAAAUAAAGAAAUAUGGACCAAAUUACUAAAUUUGUUGAACCAGGACGUCAAUUCGCCAAAGAUUCAAUUAGGCUGGUAAAAAGGUGCACAAAACCAGACAGAAAGGAAUUUCAGAAAAUUGCCAUCGCCACAGCAAUUGGUUUCUGUAUCAUGGGUUUUAUUGGUUUCUUUGUAAAAUUAAUUCAUAUACCUAUCAACAACAUCAUUGUUGGUUCCUAACUAUGAAAACUCAACUAAUUUUUUCGAAUUUCCCUUGUAUUAUUUAUUUAUGUGAAGCAUAUUGCACUUACUGAUAUGUAGUACCUUUUUUUUUAAUAAAAUAGAAAGAACAA